AAGAAGCUCGCCGUCCUCCAUGCCCUAGCACGCAAGGCACAGGCUUCCCACCCAGCGGAGCCAGCGCGCCCCCCCCGCCCCAAGGUGUUUGGCUCGGUGCCCUCCGACUCCAAAUUGUUCCACAGCCUGCUGAAAGCAUCACAAACCAGGCGCCAAGCAUGGACGAAUCGAUGGCGGAUUCCAUGGUAGCGAGCUUCUGGGGGCCUGUGACGUCAACCAUGGAGCUGUGCGAGGAGAACUACGCCCGCUCGUCGUAUAUCGCAGAGUUCUACAAUACUCUGUCCAAUGCUCCGUGCAUUCUCCUGGCGCUCAUUGGACUCGUCAAUGCCCUCCGCCAACGCUUUGAGAAGCGCUUCAGUGUUCUGCACAUAUCCAAUAUGAUACUGUCUAUUGGGAGCAUCAUCUUCCACGCCACCUUGCAGCAUGUCCUACAGCAGAGUGAUGAGACACCAAUGGUGUGGGAGAUCCUCCUAUAUCUGUAUGUCCUUUAUUCACCAGAUUGGCAUUACAGGAGCACGAUGCCUACUUUCCUUGUCCUAUAUGGUGCUGCAUUUGCUGUAGUUCACUUCUUUGUGCGAUUCCAAGUAGUAUUCAAGUUGCAUUACAUUGGUCUGUGCCUUCUCUGCAUCCCACGGAUGUACAAGUACUACAUACAGACGAAAGACUUGGCUGCCAAGCGGCUCGCGAAGCUGUAUGUUCUUACCAUCUUCCUGGCGACUGUUUGCUGGCUAGUUGAUCGCAUCUUCUGCAAGAAGCUUUCGCACUGGUACAUCAACCCGCAGGGACACGCAUGGUGGCAUGUGCUUAUGGGAUUUAACUCUUAUUUCGCAAACACAUUCUUGAUGUUUUGCCGAGCUCAGCAGCGUGGGUGGGAGCCACGCAUUAUCCACCUCUUUGGGCUAUUGCCUUAUGUCAAGAUCCAGAAAUCCAGAAAGAGGGAGUAAGCUCUCAGUUUAUCAGUGGUGUUCUUCAGGACCUGAAAUCAAAUGUCCCCCAUGCGCUCAAAAAAACAAGCGGUGGCAUUUUUGUAUAUGGGCUUCCAAGUGAUUACGGACUACAAGUGUCUUGAUGUCUCACUGGAUUUUGGUAACUUUUAACUGACAGCCUGUUUUGUACCAUACAUGAUUUCAAUCAGAGAUUAGUUGGAGUGUUCAUCUCUUUUGAUCUGGGUCCACUGAAGUUUGUCUUUCAAAACUAGUAGGGCUUUUUAUUUAUUCUUUUGAUUUGACUUGAAUGGGGUUGAAUUGUAUUAGUUAACUUACUGGCUGGAGUCGUCAUAGAUUCAUGUUCCUCGUAACUAUUAAUUCUUUGUUAUUCAUGGUACUUCUGAACUUCAACGUUGAA